CUCUUGUCCGCUUAGAUUUGUUAAUACCCCGGCAUAAAUAUCCUGGAAGGGGAAAUUCUAGCUGGAUCCUGCCUUGUGGAAUUCUUUGGAUAAAACAACAGUGACCACAAAAAAGACACGAGAAGCUGCGAGUUUUGCACUAGAAGUCUUAAAUACUCCCAUUGCUGAUAUGCUUCAUAUAACUUUCUACUGAUCAAGGUAUGGAAAAUGAAGAUAUAUCUGGAGGAGAAAGUGAUUGGGUUGAAGUACAAUCACCAUUCGUCACAACGAAAGCUCAUCCGAAUGAGGAUGACGAAAAUUCGGUGCUGAUUGAGGAACAACAGCAGUCACAUAUUGAGGAACAACAGCAGUUACAUCCCUCGUCUUCCCCUGCCUCGUUGUCAUCUGAUGGCAAUCACCAGAGUGAGGUUGAAGAAGCUAAGGUUGAAAACAAAGACGGAAACUGGAUAAAAAGGGGUUUGGGAUUUUUCAGUUCUGGGAUUGAGAAAAUUGUUUCGAGAAUGAGGAAUUGUGCUGAUCGUAGAGCUAGCAUGUGGUUAUUUGCUUCAGCAACAACUGGAGUGGGAGCAAUGCUGUUGGCGGUGGUGUUGUAUAGGAGAGCAAAGAGGUGGCGCGGGCAAGCGCUACCUGCAGAGAGCAAACAGCAUCUCAGACUUCUCAUCAGAGAAAAAGACCAGGUGCACUCUAGACCUUUAUCACUCUCAAUUCAGCAGCUGUUCAUGUUUAGCGUUUAUCUAUUCCGGUCUCUUCUGAUGCAUGUAUGCACUUCAGAAAAUUCAACAGACUGAUGUCUAACAUAUCUGUUCGCAGUUGAAGUACCUUAAAUUUGUUUGCAAGAGGUGGAACAAUUGCUCUCUUCUUUUGGCUUGCAGAGCAUCGCAAGCCCAAUUCAGCAUUUAUGAAACACUGUCUUAAUUUCCUUGCUGGAAAAUUGCAUAGUCAUACAAAUUCUGAAUAUCUAAGUGCUUCAAGUUUUGCAUUGCAGAAAAUCAAUCAACUUUUGCAUCAAGUAAUCCAGUUGAAUGAUAUGUUAUUGGCUCGUAGGAGAGUUCCAGUUGUUCAAGUUGCUUGAGCUGUCAAACUUCAUCAGUCCAAGAUCAGUUAAGAGUGUCUACAAGAGAGUGACUCAGGUCCUCUUCGAAAUGUCUUUCGCCCUGAAUAUCCAAGAUGUUGAUCCUUGACAAGAAACCGCACAAUGUUUUCUGUAACACUUAAUUCAAGUCCUUAUCAACGAAGCUAUUGAAUGAUAUGUUUUCUGUAACAUAUUAAUUUCUGAUGCCUUGUGUACUGGGAGAUAUUCCCACACGAUGCAACUGCAUGCAUUUUGCUACCCAAAACCUGUUUUCAUUUGCCUCUGGGCAGCAUAGUUCUCUGUUGGACAACUUGGUAAAAGUUCCUUCACUUUGUUAAUGUACGUAGAACUGGAGACCGCCCACUCA